AAUCUGUUCGGCGGCAGUCGGCGUGUUGCGUGUGUCGACGCUGGUUGAAGCCGCAUUCGAUGUCCCACGAUGGCAUCGCAUCGCAGCCUUCAACUACUGCUAUGUCUCUUGCUCGUCGCCGCCGCCUGCCAGGCACUCGGGAAGCAGGUAAGCACCAACAGCCACUCUGCUGCCUCCUUCCUCGCCGUCGCCGUCACGCGCUCCUUGUCCCCGCCUGCAAGAGGACGGGCUCUCAAGGAUCCGAGGCUCGUUCGUCUCCGAUGAGUAAGCACAGACGCCUACAAAUUCUUGGCGCGUUGGCUUUUUCAUCGAGAACCAAGGUGGACCACGACAUCACCUUUGACGACGCGGGUGAGGGAAGCGAGGCGACAUCGCGGCGGCGCUCCGCGGUGCAGGACUCCAGCCUGUCGGGGUUCGCGAGUUCCAUUCUGCGGCGAGUGCGGAGGGCCUGGUUCUUCGGAGGCGGCGAUCCGAGCAGCACCACCGUGCCCCCCACCGAGGCGCCGGAAGUGACGUCGACGCAGUCCUCGCCGGCUCAGUACACGCGCUCCUCUCGGAACUCGGACGAUGACGGUUUCGAGGCCUCUGGUGACGGCGUCGGGGACGACGAAGAUGCUGAAGACGUUUCGUCGACUACACACAGUGGCGCCGGAUACCCGUCGUUCGAUGUCGACAGGAAGUUCAUCGGUAGCCCGCACGUUCCCGACGGCUCGGGCAGGCCCACCAAGACAACGCACGAUGAGCAGCCCCCCGCCGGAUCCUCGGCCAUGUUCCGGAGCUCCUUGCGCAUCCUGAACCAGCCGUUCAACACGAACUUGGUGCGCACGGACAGCGAGGCCUUCAAGCAGCUCAGCGCGGAAUUGAAGCUUUCGCUCGGCCGCGCCCUGGCGCGCUACCUGCGGCCCCCGCACAACGUGGCCUCCGUCGAUGUCCUCCGGUUCGCGCCGGCCCCCGAGACCGGUGCGCUGACCGUCACGUGCGACGUCAAGCUUCCUCGUGCCGAUCCCCGGGCCUUGCAGCGCGCCAUCCGCUCCGUUCUCGACGGCGGUCGCAUCGGCAGGUUUCUCGUCUCCGGCUCGGAGUCCACGUUCACUCAGCUUGGCGUGCCCACACCUCAUCCCGGUGGCAUUCAUUGUGGAGCUCUCCAGUUUGCCUGCGACAACAACCGGCGGUGUGUCGAAACGUCGCGUAGGUGUGAUGGCCAUCGCGACUGCAACGACGGCUAUGAUGAAGAAAACUGUGUGGAACAAGGUCCUGAGGGUCCUCCACAUCACGGAUUUGAGUGCAAGCCUGAUCAAUUCGUUUGUGAUGGCCGUAGGUGUCUAGAAAAAUUCCAGAAAUGUGAUGGUCGUCGUGACUGUGUUGAUGAAACUGAUGAACAGGACUGCCCCCCUAGAGCAGUACCUCCCCACCACACUGAUGGAUUCCAGUGCAGUCCUGACCAGUUCGUUUGUGACGGCCGUCGAUGUGUGCACUCUGCGGGCAAGUGUGAUGGUCGUCCCGAUUGUGCUGAUGGCACUGAUGAACAGGAUUGCCCAUCAAGAGAAGUUACAAUUCAUCAUGAAGGAGUUCAAUGUGGACCCAAUCAAUUUGUUUGUGAUGGCCGUCGUUGUGUUGAUGCAUCUAGCAAAUGCAAUGGUCACCCUGAUUGUGCUGAUGGCACCGAUGAACAUGAUUGCCCUUCAAAAGAAGUUACUACUCAUCAUGAAGGAUCUCAUUGUGGACCCAACCAGUUUGCUUGUGAUGGUCUUCGCUGUGUUGACUUGUCUGGAAGAUGCGAUGGCCACCCUGAUUGUGCUGAUGGCACUGAUGAACGUGAUUGCCCAUCAAGAGAAGUUCCAACUCAUCGUGAAGGAGCUCAUUGUGGACCAAAUCAGUUUGUUUGCGACAGUCGUCGGUGCGUUGAUGCAUCUGGAAAAUGCGAUGGCCACCCUGAUUGUGCUGAUGGCACUGAUGAACGUGAUUGCCCAUCAAGAGAAGUUCCAACUCAUCAUGAAGGAGCUCAUUGUGGACCAAAUCAGUUUGUUUGUGACAGUCGGCGGUGCGUUGAUGCAUCUGGAAAAUGCGAUGGUCGCCCUGAUUGUGCUGAUGGCACCGAUGAACAUGAUUGUCCAUCAAAAGAAGUUCCAACUCAACAUGAAGGAUCUCAUUGUGGAGCCAAUCAGUUCGUUUGUGACGGUCGUCGUUGUGUUGAUGCAUCUGGAAAAUGUGAUGGUCAUCCUGAUUGUGCUGAUGGCACUGAUGAGCACGACUGUCCAUCAAGCGAAGUUUCUCCUCCUCAUGGUGAAGGUGUUCAGUGUGAACACAAUCAGUUCAUUUGUGAUGGUCGACGGUGUGUUGAUGUAUCAAAGAGAUGCGACGGCCACCCUGAUUGUGCUGAUGGAGCUGAUGAAAAUGACUGCCCAUCGACUGAAGUGCAUCCACUUCAUGGAGAUGGAUUUCAAUGUGGACCGCAUCAGUUUGUUUGUGAUCACCGCCGCUGUGUUGAUCUGUCUCGAAAGUGUGACAGUCGCCCAGACUGCCUUGAUGGAACCGAUGAACAUGAUUGCCCAUCGAUUGAAGCUUUCCCUCGCCAUUCUGAAGAGAUUCUCUGUGGACUCGAUCAGUUCAUUUGCGAUGGUCGCCGAUGUAUUGACACAUCAAGAAGAUGUGAUGGUCACCUUGACUGUGCUGAUGGAACUGAUGAACUUGGCUGCCCACGUGAAGGUGUUCCUACCCACGCCCCUGGAUUUCAGUGUCGACCCGAUCAGUUUGUUUGUGAUGGUCGUAGAUGUGUGGACUCUUCUGGAAGAUGUGAUGGCAAGCCUGAUUGUGCUGAUGGAACUGAUGAACAUGACUGCCCACCAAGAGAAGUUCAUUCCCUUUGUGGUCCCGGUCACUUCAUUUGUGAUGACAGGCGCUGUGUUCCCUUGUCUGGAAAGUGUAAUGGCCAUCGCGAUUGUGCUGAUGGCAGUGAUGAACAAGGCUGUGCAAAAGAGGAAAGCGAUGGAGGCAAGGAAGGAUUCCAGUGUGGCCACCACCAGUUUGUCUGUGAUGGUCGCAGAUGUGUUGAUCAUUCUGGAAAGUGUGAUGGCCGUCAUGACUGUGCUGAUGGAUCUGAUGAGAGGAACUGCCCAGGUGUGCCAGGGGGAGACAAAGUCAUGAAUGCCUCUAGGAGCCUGUGCAAUUCAACAGAGUUUCGUUGUCGUGAUGGCACUUGCAUUCCUCUGUCAUACGUUUGUGAUGAAGAGGUAGAUUGUAAAGACGGCUCCGAUGAGCUUUGUGAUAUUACUCGUGACUGUGAACCCAAUCAAUUCAAGUGUGACGGAGGAAGAAAAUGUGUUGACUCCUCAAGAAAAUGUGAUGGUCACUAUGAUUGUGCUGAUCGCACUGAUGAAGAAGGUUGCACACCUCAUCCUGGAGGGCAAUCAUGCCGGCAGGGGCAAUUUAGGUGUCAAAAUGGCAUUUGCAUCAAGAUGGAAAGGCGCUGCGAUGGCUACCAUGACUGCCAGGAUAGGAGCGAUGAACUUGAUUGUCCUGGUGUCUGCAGGCCUAGUGAAUUCCGGUGCCAUAAUGGCAUGUGCAUCCCAGAACGUGCUCGUUGUGAUGGGCGCAGAGACUGCCCAGAUGGAUCAGAUGAAAGCCAGUGUGCUCCAAGUUGCAGGGCAGAUCAAAUACGAUGCCAUGGUGGCGGCUGUCUAAGCAUCUCUCGAAGAUGUGAUGGAGUUUCAGAUUGCCCCAAAGGAGAAGAUGAGCUGUCAUGUGGCAAUGGGCAUGCGUGUCGGCCUCAUGAGCACAAGUGCUUGUCUGGACACUGCAUUGAUUCUCGCCAUAAGUGCAAUAGAGUGAAGGACUGCCCUGAUGGUGAUGAUGAACAUAAUUGCAUCAUUGACUCUAAACCAUGUAGGGAAAAUGAAUUUCGAUGCCAAGAUGGGACAUGUAUGCCAGAUUAUUUACGUUGCAAUGGCCAUUCGGACUGUAGGGAUUCGUCAGAUGAAGCAGAUUGUCAUAAGCACAAUUUCCCACAGAAGCUGCGCUUCCAGUGUGGCAAUGGUGUGAGCAUUCCUUCAUCAAAUGUCUGUGAUGGAGAGUAUGAUUGCCUUGACGCAUCUGAUGAGUUCUGUGAGUGCAAAGAUGGUGAAUUUCAAUGUGGCAGCGGGAAGUGCAUUGAUAUACGGAAGAAGUGCGACAGGCGUGUCGACUGUGAGGAUUUUUCAGAUGAAGCCAACUGCGAGUGCCAAGACAGCGAAUUUCGCUGUGGUGAUGGUAAAUGCAUUGAAGGCCGAAGACGAUGUGAUGGCACUGCUGACUGCAGAGACUACUCAGAUGAAACCAGUUGUGCCUGCAAGGACAACGAGUUUCGCUGUGGAGACGGAAGCUGCAUUGAUGUCCGCAGGAAAUGUGAUGGAACUGCUGACUGCCGAGACUACUCCGAUGAAAGGAACUGCAGCUGCAAGGCCAAUGAAUUCAGGUGUGGUGAUGGAGCCUGCAUUGACAAGUCCAGACAGUGUGACCGCACCCCUGAUUGUAGGGACCACUCGGAUGAGUACAACUGUCCCAUUCCAGGUUGCUCUGCCUUGCAGUUCAGGUGUGGUGAUGGGCGAUGCAUUGACAUUAGCAGAAAGUGCGAUGGGAGAGUAGACUGCCCUGACUUCUCUGAUGAAGCUAACUGUGUGUCUGAUGCUUGUCAGUCUGAUGAGUUCAAGUGCAAAUCUGGCGAAUGCAUAAGGCUCUCUGGAAAGUGCAACCGUCGAAGGGAUUGUGCUGACGGAAGUGAUGAAGAAAAUUGCUGCACAGCUGAUGAAUUCCAGUGCAGAACUGGAGAGUGCAUUGCGAAAAGCCACAGGUGUGAUGGCCAGUACACGUGCAGGGAUGGGUCAGAUGAACUAGAGUGUAAAUCUCACCUCUGCAGGCCUUCACAAUUCCGAUGUCAAUCAGGACUCUGCAUAAACAGAGAUGAAUUUUGUGAUGGAGUGCCUCACUGUCCUGAUCGAUCUGAUGAACUUAACUGCUGGACAUGCCAGCCUGGACAGUAUGUAUGCGCUAAUGCUCAGUGCAUUGAACGAUCUCAGCGCUGUGAUGGUCGUUUUGACUGUACUGACUUUUCUGAUGAAGCAGACUGUGCUCCUGAUGCUGGCGUGAACAUCAAGGUCUACCCAGAACGGCAGACAAUUAGACAAGGCCAAGAGGUUGUAUUCCGCUGCCGAGAUGAGGGCACCAGGCGGUCCCAGGUGAAAUGGACCCGGUCGGAUGACAGCCCCUUGCCUCCACAAUCAACUGAUGCCCGUGGCAGGCUGACCAUGCCCAACGUGCAGCCUGACCAUGGGGGCGUCUACCUCUGCAAGGCUGUGGGUGUUCCAGCUUCCACGUCGGGGGCUCAGAGGGCUGCUUUCCUCACCGUGCAGCCAUACACUCCACCAACACCGAAACCGGAUCGACCGCUAGGAGCUUGCAAACAUGAUGAAGCUACCUGUCAAAACGGAAAGUGCGUCCCGCGGAAGUACGUCUGUGAUGGGGACUAUGACUGUGAUGAUGGCUCUGAUGAAAACAACUGUGCUCAACCCUCCCUCUGUGAGCCCAACGAAAUGCAAUGUGACAACAAGAAAUGCAUCCUGAAGGUUUAUCUGUGUGAUGGGGAUGAUGAUUGUGGUGAUGGCACAGAUGAGAGAAGCUGUCGUGACAACAUUCCAGGAUCUCCAUGCCGAAUGGGAGAGUAUCAAUGUCUGUCUGGAGACCAGUGCAUCCCAAAGAGUUUCCACUGUGAUGGAGAGUUUGACUGCCAGGACAAAUCUGAUGAAAUUGGAUGCUCACCGCCAACCAUCACACAAUCACCCCCGGACGUUGUUAAUGCCAUGGAAGGGGAGACAGUCAACAUCACUUGCCGGGCAAUAGGCAACCCAGUGCCACUUAUUAACUGGCGCCUAAACUGGGGUCACAUUCCCCCAAGGCCACGAGUAACAACCACAAGUGACGGUGGCUUUGGCACAGUCACCAUCCGUGAUGUACGCCAGUCAGACCAGGGAGCAUGGUCAUGUGAAGCCAUCAAUAGCAAGCAGAGUGUCCUGGCCACUCCGGAUGCAAUUCUUGUGGUUAAAAGCAAAGGUGUCUGCCAUCCACCACUGUUUAAUGACAAGGCCCAGUCAAGCUCAGAGUGUCUGCGUUGCUUCUGCUUUGGUGUUUCUCAGACUUGCCAUAGCAGCAGCUUGAACAAGAUAACUAUUCCUCUAGCCAAUGAAGUGUCCGUUGCCACUAUGAGCAUUCUUCCCGAUGGAAGCUACAUGGAUGUCACAGAAAAGUUUAGGCCUAACCAGAAUGCAGUGCAUUCUAACCCUGCAAAUCGAGAGUUCAAGAUAGACAGCCAAGUAAAAACAUCAGAGGCACCUGUUCACUAUUACUGGAGCCUGCCUGCAGAAUUUCUUGGAAAUCAGAUCAACAGCUAUGGAGGUCAGCUCAAGUACACCUUUAGGUACCAAGCAUCGUCAAGACCUGUACAAGCUGCAGACAUUAUCAUCAGAGGAAAUGGGAUCACAUUGUAUCACACCCUGAGGCAGUCAUAUGGUCCCCUGAGAGACAAUACUAUUGAAGUACAAUUUGUGGAGGGCGAAUGGCACAAGGAUGCCCGACACAGUGCCAUCGGUAGCCCCGACACAGCCACCAGGGAAGACAUCAUGCUUGUGCUGCAAAAUGUAGAAGGCAUUUUUAUUCGAGCCAGCUUUGACAGUGAACUGGCAGAGUCAAGUGUUCAUGGCCUCGAGAUGGACUCGGCUUCUUAUUCAAGUCCCAAGAACCCUCCUGCUUCUUUUGUGGAGCAGUGCUCAUGUCCAACAGGUUACACUGGAAAUUCUUGUGAGAACUGUGGUCCUGGCUACAUACGACGGCGAUCUGGACCCUACCUUGGCGAGUGCGUUCAAGGCGUGCUCCCUUGCAAUUGCAACGGCCACUCGAAUUCCUGUGACCAACAGACUGGCCGCUGUCUGAAUUGUCAGCACAAUACGGAUGGUCCAAGCUGUGAAACCUGCAAACGAGGUUUUUAUGGUGACGCAAGGCGAGGUACGCCAACUGAUUGCCAGCCUUGUCCAUGCCCGAUGGUUGAUGUACCUGGACAGUUUUCACCAACCUGUGUGUUGGAGGCUGAUGGCCAAGUGACCUGCAACUCGUGUCCAAUUGGUUUUGAAGGCAGGCGUUGUGAACGCUGUGCUCCAGGAUAUGAGCGGUACCCACCUGGCUCUGUUGAUGGAUCUUGUCACUUAAAAGAAUGUGAACCUGGCCAGUUCCAGUGUGGUGAUGGGUCAUGCAUAGAUUUCAGGAGAAGGUGUGAUGGUCAUUAUGACUGUAAUGAUUACACUGAUGAACAGAACUGUGGUGCACCACAGUGCGAUACAGCUGGCAGCUUGAGUCCACAGCGAAGCCCAUCAACUGGCCUGUGUCAGUGCAAGCCCCUCGUUACAGGAGCCUCAUGUGACCAAUGCAAGGCAAACUCCUUCCACCUUCACCCAAGUUCUCCUCUUGGCUGUGUGGAAUGCUUCUGCAUGGGCAUCACGAAGUCCUGUUCCAGUAGCUUCUACCACAGAGAGCAGGAGGUGUUGAGGUUCUCGACUAGCACUGAGGGUGUCCAUCUGACAACUUUAGACAGAGCUGCCACAAUUGACCGGGGACUGAAACUGGAUCCCAGGAGCAAGGAGCUGGUUUAUCAGGACUUCACAUCACACCCUCGUCAGUCCUACUACUGGCAACUUCCCCAGAGAUUCUUGGGUGACAAGGUUACAUCUUAUGGAGGAUUUUUAAACUACACAAUAAGGAGUGGUGGCACUGACAGGCAAAGCAGAAGUCCCGAUGUCCAGAUCACGGGAAACAAGAUCAUACUCAUCUACAGGCACCCUGAAAGGCUAAAACUCAGGUUUCCACAAACAGUGUCCAUUCCAAUGUAUGAGACCUCGUGGAUCAGAGCUGAUGGCUUACCUGCAACCAGAGAGCAUUUCCUAAUGGUGCUUGCUGACUUGAGCUCCAUACUUGUAAAAGCAACACUCAGUGAAGAGACAGACACUGCCAGCCUUGUGGAGGCAUCGCUUGACAUAGCCGUCGAGUAUCCCACUGGCCAGGCUCUGGCUCAUGCUGUGGAGCACUGUCGCUGCCCCAUUGGCUACAAGGGGCUUUCGUGUGAGGAUUGCGAUGCUGGCUACACACGCUCGGGUGCCGGCCUCUACUUGGGAUUAUGUGUGCCCUGCUUCUGCAAUGGUCAUUCCAGUGACUGUGACCCAGAGACUGGAGCCUGUAGUAACUGCCAACACAACACGCAGGGUGAAUAUUGUGAAGAAUGCCUACCUGGUUUUAUUGGUGACGCUACUGGAGGCACCCCGAGUGAUUGUGAGGCUGUCCUGGUGCCAUCUUGUAGAUGUGACAACAGAGGUAGUACAAGGCAAGAGUGUGAUGCCAGGGACAACUGCCCUUGCAAGAGCAAUGUACAAGGAAAGAAUUGCAAUCGGUGCAAAGAAGGAUAUUUUAACUUGGAAGCAUCUAACCAGGAAGGCUGCUCUCGUUGCUUCUGUUUCGGGGUCACUGAACAGUGCAGCAGCAGCUCUUACUACAGGAGCGAGGUCAAGAUGCUCUUGCAAGAUUUGAGGGACCCAUAUGCCCACAAUUUUCAGCUGUCUAACCGGUACCAUUCUAACAUUGUCACAGAGACUAUCAUUGUUAACCCAUCAAACAAUGAAGUCAGUUACACAGCAUUCCCACGUGAUCCAGCUGAAAAGGAAACCCUGUUUUGGUCACUUCCAGCACAGUUCUUGGGCAACAAGCUUACAUCUUAUGGAGGAUUGCUUCGCUAUACCCAACGAUUCACAGCAGACAGUGAUGGAGAAACCUACAGUGAUGCUGACAUUCAAAUCACUGGAAAUGGUGUCACCAUAUUCUACGUAAACAUUCCUCCACUCCCACCCUCUGAGACAAGAACGUUUGAAGUAACCUUAAGAGAGGAUAAGUGGCAGCGAGUGGACUCUCGUGGCCCCACACUAGCCACCCGAGAGGACAUAAUGAAGGUGCUGGCCAAUGUGGAAGUCCUGCUGAUCCGGGCAUCCUUCAACUCGCGCAUGCACAGCUCCAGCCUGAGUGAUGUCUCCCUCUCAACAGCCGUUCCUCUGCGAUCCACUGGCCAUGCUGUGGCCAUUGAGGUGGAACAGUGCAUCUGUCCUCCUGGAUACAAUGGUCUCUCCUGUGAGGAAUGUGCACCAGGCUACAUCAGGGACGUCAGUGGCCCUGGCCUUGGAAGGUGCACACGGUGCCGCUGCAAUGGCCAUUCAGAGUCUUGUGAUGCUGCAACUGGAAACUGCGUUAGGUGUAGGCACAACACUGUUGGAGAUUACUGCCAGAGGUGUGCUGAUGGAUUUUAUGGUGAUGCAACAAGGGGCACACCUGAGGACUGUAAGCCAUGCCCAUGCCCACACACAAUGCCAUCUAACCAGUUUUCUCCAACUUGCUUUUUGGACACUGACAACAAGCCAACUUGCAAUGCCUGCCCACCUGGCUACACGGGACGGAACUGUGAACAAUGCUCACCUGGCUACAGUGGCAACCCUCUUCAGCUGGGAGGUCGCUGUGAACCUUCGGGAGGCACUACUGCACCAUCACUGCCGACAGUCUCGAUAACUCCCAAGAACCUGGAAGCAUCGCUGGGCGCAAGCACCAGCCUGACAUGCUCUGUAUCUGGGCCUCCUCUGCCGGUGCGGUUCGAUUGGAUCCACGGCACUGCUCCCAUCAAUGCUUCAUCUGGCUUGGUCAUCGAAUCAGUGUCCAGCAAGAUAAGCAGGCUGUUGGUGCCAGCACUGCAGACAGAGCACAGUGGGACAUACACAUGCAGAGCUGUGUGGCCCACACGCUCGUUUCAAGAGGUGGCAUUCGUCCAUGUAUGGGGUGGUGGUGGACAGUCUAUGAGAGUUCAGGUAGAACAACCUCGAAUUCAAAGAGUUCCAGUAGGGUCGACUGUGACAAUACGCUGCACGGGAUAUUCACAGUCAAAGGCACCUUUCUCUUUGGUGUGGACCAAAGAAUCUGGUAGCUUGCCUCUAAGAGCCACAGAAGCAAGUGGAAUAUUGACAGUGCCUGAUGUUCGUGUUGAAGACAAUGGAACAUAUGUGUGCACCGGUUCAGAUGUCUCAAGUGUUGCCCAAGACAAGGCCGUUCUUCUUGUUGAUGGGCUUGACCAGAAAUCAGCUCCACGAGCACGAAUUGAGCCACAUUUCCAAGAGGUUAACGUUGGUCAGCCAGUUGAGUUCCGUUGCCUAGCUGAUGGCUUCCCUGAGCCAACUGUUAAAUGGUCAGGAGGCCGCAAUGGUAUGGUCAACCCAGAGUCUACAUUCAUUGAUGGAGUCUUCCGGAUACCUGCUGCUCGGAAGUCUGAUGAAGCAGAGUACUUUUGUACUGCAAGCAAUGCCAUGGGAACAGAUAACAUUAGGACAGUGCUGUUUGUGAAAGGAGAAGAAACAAUGGCUGCCAUUGUUUCUGAAGAUGACUCAGGUGCUGGAGAGGGCCCCCACCUUACCAUCCACCCUACAAGUCUUGAGGCCAGAAAAGGAGAGACUGUACGCUUUGACUGCCGAGCUUCUGGACGGCCUACACCAAACAUCACAUGGUCAUUUUCUGGUGGCCCGAUGCCAGACAAUGCGAACCAGGUGGGAGGUGUGCUGACUUUGCUAAAUGUUGACGAACAGAACCAAGGAAGCUACAUGUGCAUCGCAAGCAAUCGUUAUGGAACAGCACAAGGCCAGGCACCUUUGCAACUAACAACAAGAAGGAACAUCCCUUCAGUACACAUUGAACCAGAGAGACAGACGGUGCGUCAAGGAGAGGAUGCAAAGUUGCGUUGCAUUGCAACAGGAACACCCACACCAGUAAUCAAGUUUGCAAAAGUUGGAAGCAACUUCACUCAUAGGCACAUUGUGCAGGAUGACACACUGACAAUUGAGCAAACAGUUGUCCAGGAUCGGGGCCACUACAUCUGCUUGGCAGAAAACAGAGAAGGCAUAGCUCGGGCCACUGCUGUGCUGGAAGUGGACCGGAGGGAGGUUCCACUUGUGGAGAUCUACCCCAAGAACAUACCACCACUUCACCAUGGAGACACUGCAUUUCUGCAGUGCAGACCUAUAGCUGGUAUACCAACACCAACAGUGGAAUGGACACGUGCUGAUGGCAGUCCUUUCACCCCCAGCACUGAACUGACUGGCCCUGGGAUCAUUCGAUUUACUAAAUUCUCAAAAGGUGAAGAAGGAACAUAUGUUUGUUCUGCUGAGAAUGCAAUGGGCAAGGUGACUGCACAAACAACACUGAAGAUGCAAGGGACACCCUUUGUGCGCAUCCUUCAACAGAACCCUUAUGCUGUGAGGGUUGGCGACCAGAUCCGGUUGGACUGCAUUGCUGAGGGUGAUCCAAAGCCUGCAGUAACUUGGGAGCGCAUUGGCCAGCCCAUCACCACUUACUCCAAUGUCGACGAGCUGCAGGGCGGCACCACCACUCUGUUCAUUCGCCGCGUGGCACCUUCGGACAGCGGCAUCUAUGUCUGCAAGGCUACAAACUAUGGAGGGGCAUCUGAAGAGAGGAUUGAAGUUUCUGUUGAAGGAAACCGUCAUCCACAUUCCAUUCCAAGGCUGGUUGCAGAUGAUAGAGUUGUCACAGCUUCACUUGGAAAAAGAGCAGAACUUCGCUGCCACAUUGAAGGAACAUCUCGUCCUAUUCAAAUUGUUUGGUCCAAAGUCCUGCCGGAUGGCAAUUUGGCAGAACUCCCUUCAGACAAUGGUAUUGUGCACUUUGAAAGAGUGCAGGCAAGCGAUGCAGGUGUCUAUGCCUGCCAAGGCAAAGAAGAUGGUUCUGCCAUACUGGACACUCGUGUUACGCUCGCUCUCGUUGCUCCGCCUCGGAUCCAGCUGAACCCAACCCAGCAGACUGUACGUCCAGGCCACCAUGUGCGCAUCCAGUGCUCAGCCAUUGGGGAGCCACCCAUCACAUACCAUUGGUCACGACAGGGUGGGCAGCUGCCUCCAAGCACUGUGCAGAGAGAUGGCAUCCUCGAGUUCCGUGGAAUCUCGGUCACAGACGCUGGUCGCUAUAUUUGUACAGCAGCCAAUGCAGCAGGAGAAGCUGAAGGGGUUGCUGAUGUUAGGGUCACAGAGGGUGUUGAAAUCGGAUCACUGCGAAAAGAAGAGACUGCGUUUGUGGGCUCGAACAUUGAACUGCGCUGUCCACUGACAGGCUCCCCUGAAAGGAUUGAGUGGACAAAGGACGCCCAUGCCUUGCCACCAAAUGCUAGAGAAGUGAACGGAGAGCUCUGGAUUAAAGAUGUGCAACAAAGCAAUGAAGGAAGAUACAUCUGCAAUGCUAUGACAGGGGACAGGUUGAUAUCCAGAGACUUUGUCAUCCUUCAUGUCAGAGAUGUUCCCAGCGUCUCAGUGAGGAUUCGGGCCAACAAGGAGGUUGUUCACAUGGGUGAUAGCCUGGACCUUCACUGUGUUGUGACAGGAGAUGGUGCCGCUUCUGUUAAGUGGACGAAGCUCGCAGCUGAUGAUCGCUUUGCUGAAAACGUGCGAGUGCAUGGUGCUUUCCUCUCGGUGAAUGGCGUUCGCCCUGAAAAUGGUGGUGUCUACCGCUGCUCUAUUGACAGCCCUGCGGGUACACUCAAUGAUGACUACGUCCUUGCCAUAGAAGAAACUCCAACUGUGCCACCCAAUGAAGUGGAGACCCGUACUAUUCCUUAUGGAUCCACGGUUGUUUUGGACUGCCGGCACAACUUGGAGCCCCCUGUUGCCUACAGCUGGACACGUGACAACGGCGAUGUUCCCCACAAAGCUUUGCCUCGUGACAGCACCUUGGUGGUGCCAGAUGUUCGUGCCAGCGAUGCAGGCACCUACAUCUGCACGGCUAAGAAUGAACGCACCACACUGGAAGUUCCAACCAUUCUUGUUGUCACUGGUCUGCUUCCACGGUUCACCCAGGCUCCCCUUUCUUAUAUGAAGUUGCCAACCAUUGUGAAUGCCUACAUGGGCUUUGAAGUCCAGAUAACAUUCAAACCUGAAAAGGAUCACGGACUACUUCUGUAUAAUGGCCAACAAGAGGAUGGCAGUGGAGACUUCAUAUCUGUAGGUCUGACCAAUGGCUAUGUGGAGUUCCGCUUUGAGCUAGGCUCAGGAGUUGGAUAUCUGAGAAGCCACCGGCCAGUGCAGAUGGACACCUGGCACACUGUUCAGAUUAGCAGAGAGAAGAAAGACGCCAAACUUAAUGUUGACGAUCAGUCAGAAGUUACCGGAACAUCUCAGGGACGAAUGAUGGGGCUGGACUUGACUCAGCCUCUGUUCGUGGGAAGCGUGCCGAGCUUUGACAAAAUCUCACGUGAUAAUGGCUACAAUAUUGGCUUUGUAGGCUGCGUGAGUGAAAUCAAGUUUGGCAGCCGCACCUUGGACUUGGUGAAGGACUCUGAGCAAGUGGGCACUACACCAUGUGAGACAUGCUCCCUGAACCCAUGCCUACAUGACGGUGUCUGCCAAGAGGCGCCUACAGAGGCUGGCUAUCGUUGCAUCUGCCCACCAGGAUUUUCGGGGCGGGACUGUGAGAAGGUUGGCGAGGCCUGUUACCCUGGAAUCUGCGGCGAAGGUCGAUGUGUCAAUCGACCAACGGGAGGGUUGGACUGCUACUGCCCCUUUGGACGAACAGGCCUUCGUUGUGAAAAAGAGGUCUCCAUAGUGGAGCCUGCAUUUGCUGAUGAUGCCUUCGUGGCAUAUCCAACACCCAAGAGCUCCCAAAGCAGUCUGAAGGUGAACAUGAAGAUCAAGCCAAAUAACCUGGAUGACUGCCUGCUGGUCUACUGUGCUCAGUACCCUGACCAGAAAGGAGACUUUACUUCCAUUGGAAUCCACAAUGGAAGUGUGGAAUUUCGUUUUGACACGGGUUCAGGGCCAGCGAUAAUCAGGCAUCCUGAAAGGCUUCGUGCGAAUGAGUGGAUCACCCUGUCUGCAUCGAGGCAUGCACAGAAUGGGGAACUGGUGGUAAAUGAUGGCCACAGGGAAGUGGGGCGCUCACCCGGCCACACUCAGGGAGUGAAUCUCAACACCCCCAUGUAUGUUGGUGGUGUGGACAAGACCAAAGUCAAGGUUCACCCGGAUGCUGGCGUGUCACAUGGCUUUGAGGGCUGUGUUGCACAUAUUGAAGUGAAUGACGCCAGUGUAGACCUGAUUGGUGCUGUGGUUGACGCAGCUAAUGUGGAUGACUGUGGUGGCAGGGCCCCUUGUGAGAAGAAUCCUUGCCAGAACCAUGGCAUAUGCAGGGAACGAGGCCCCAAAGCAGAUGACUUUGAGUGCUUCUGCAAAGCAGGCUACAGUGGUAGGACUUGUGAGAACCAGGAUGACUUUUGUCUCAAAAUUAACCCGUGCCACAACAAUGCAGAGUGUGUUGGACUGGCCAACUCAUACAGGUGCAAUUGUCCAAAGGGCUAUAAGGGCCCCAACUGUGAAACAGAAACCACCUUCGAUGAGUGUGCAAGCUUCCAUGGAGAUGGCUGGGUUGCACUGAGCAGGGACAGACUGGCGCACACUGCAAGCAAUGUGUCCGAAGUAAUCAGGCUCAGCUUCUUGGCAAAGGACCGUGAUGGAAUCCUGCUGUUUCAAGGCCAGCCACGUGGUAUUGAUGCAAAGGGCCAAGACUACCUUUCGUUGGCACUUGUCAAUGGCUACCUUGAAUUCAGCUAUGAAAUGGGAAGUGGUCCUGCUGAGAUUGUGUCAGGAGAAAGAGUUGAUGAUGGACAGUUGCAUGCAGUGGAGCUCAGAAGAACUGGAAAAUGGGGCUCAUUGAAGAUUGAUAAUAAAGAAGUGCACGGUGAAUCUCUAGGUCUCCUUGUGAUGCUGAACACAAAGAGCGACAUAUUUAUCGGAGGUGCCCCUGAACCAAGAGAAAUGACUGCAGAACGUUAUCACAAGGGCUUUGUUGGCUCCAUACUAAAUGUGCAGAUCCAGGACUCUGGUGUCCUUAACUUGUAUGAUGACUCAAUCAGCUCAGCGAAUGCUGACCAAUGUGAAGAGCAUGUGGGAAGUGGAGACUAUUUCAUGCACUUUGGGACAAGCAACAAGUGACCUUCUGCAAAGCAGCUGUUUUCCCAGGCUUUCCAUUAGCUGCAUUUUUUUUCUCAGUCAUGGCACUAGAGCAAAACUGCUUUAUUCAGUCAAGGGGAAAAAAGCCUGUCUUUCCUGACUUAGAAGCUAGGCAUCAUUUAGUGGUGUUUUGUUUUUCUUUUUGUUUGCUUAAUAGUUGCACAUGUGUUUUUCUUCUUGCAAAGAAGCCAUUUUUGCAAAGGCAGUCUAUUUUCUUAUGUCAUUCACUCUAGUCUCCUGUAUUUAGUUGUGCCACUUUAUUUUGAAGCAAGCAGCAGUGUACAUGGGAUCAUCCUUUUGUCUUUGAGUGGAUGAUAGUGUGCUGCAAGAUCCUGCCACAAAGAAGGUUGUUUCUUACUCUCCAUUCUGAGAAAAGCCGUGGAAUUUGUGCGUCGUCUAUGCAUUUCAGUGUUAUCUCACAAAACACACAUAGAGUGCAUUUAGUUCACUCAUCACAGAAUCACUGCACCUUCAUUUUGCGUCACAAAACCUUCAUUUUCUUUGCCUAUUGAACUGUGAGAUAGGAACACACAGCCAGUGUAUCAACGUUCUCGUUUAGUGGCCAUGCAACUCCCUGUCUUUGCAUAAACUGGCAUGUGUGCAUAAGGGCAUUUGCAGCCAUGUCUCAAACUGCUUUAAGCGGCAUGGUGUGACCACAAUUUGCUUCUGUGCAUAGCAGUUGUGCCAAAUUUUUUGUUUGUGUGAAGACACUCUGAAACCAGCAAAAAUAUUCUGCAGCCUCAUCGUUAACAUUUAUUUGCUUCAUUUGUCUACUUACAAAAAAGAAAGAAAAACAAUCGUAGCUUUGUGUACUACUUUGACCCCAGAUGUGUCAGUGCACGUUUGUCCCAGUUCAGGACAAGUGCCAAGAUGGGUACUUAGAAGAGGAGAAUGUAUAAAAUGGCUUAUUUAUAAUGGCAUACUUUUCUACUUUUUUUAUGCGAGUCUGCAAUGUGUAGUAUGCAUGGCUAUAAUGCGAUCAAUCAAAGGCAGCAGUUCUCCUGUUUUGGUUCAUGAUACAUGACUUAAGUCUAAGCUAAUUUCACCACGAAAUUGUAUCAUUCAGCUGCAGUCAAGUUUUUCGUUGUCUAUAAAGGUCAGUCUUUUGAAUGGUUGUCAUUUGUCUGUUUUAAUUUUUUCAGCAUGGGAUUAAGUAUUCUUAUAUAACAAGUGAUUUAGGUAAAAUCUUACUAUGAGUGUGUACAUAUUUAGAGCAUUGACUGCAGCUUUGGUGGUGUCACUGCCAUUUACAACUUUGAAAUUUUGUUAGUUUUCUUUUUCUUUUUCAAUGUGCUAUGCUGCUUAUUAGUAGAUGUUAACAGCAGGUGCACUUACUUGGUUGCGCAUAGUUUCACUGCUGCUACAGCCUCCAAAAUUGCAAUAAAGCUGAUGUUUGUUAAUGUU